AUGCCGGGCGAUUACAGGAGCCGUUUAGUGGCGUCCGACUUGUCGGAGCUCUCUGACUUGAGCGACAUCUCGUCGGAUGGCGAGUCGACUGUUCGCAACUCCUUCGUUCAGCGAACACUUGCGUCUCAGAAGGUCCUCCCGCCUUUCCGAUGGUCCAAUAUUUUGAACGAGUUGCAAUGGAUCUCCUUCUUGGUGCUUACUAUAACGCCUGCGUUGGCUAUCUAUGGUCUCUUCACGGUCCAUAUUCAACGCAACACCUUGAUUUGGGCGAUUGUGUAUUACUACAUGACGGGUCUCGGCAUUACGGCCGGCUAUCAUCGUCUCUGGUCGCAUCGUGCGUACACAGCUAGCCGCCCUCUGGAGUACGCAUUGAUGUGUAUGGGUUCGGGCUCUGUGGAAGGUUCGAUUCACUGGUGGGCGCGUGGCCACCGUUCGCACCACCGAUACACCGACACGGACUUGGACCCCUACGGCGCCCACACUGGUCUUGUGUGGGCGCACAUUGGCUGGAUGAUUGUCAAGCCACGCCGCAAGCCUGGUCCCGUGGACAUUUCGGAUCUCCGUAAGAACCCUGUGGUGAAGUUCCAGCACAAGUACUACAUUCCCCUGAUCCUAUUCUGGGGCUUUGUGUUCCCGACCUUGGUGGCGGGCCUUGGCUGGGGUGACUGGAAGGGUGGCUUCUUCUACGCUGCUAUCGCCCGACUUGUAUUUGUGCACCACUCUACGUUCUGUAUCAAUUCCUUAGCUCACUACCUUGGCGAAGCUACGUUUGAUCGCAAGAACUCGCCGCGUGACAAUGUGAUUACCGCUCUGUGCACGGUAGGCGAGGGCUACCACAACUUCCACCACGAAUUCCCUAUGGACUUCCGCAAUGCGAUUAAGUGGUACCAAUACGACCCUACUAAGUGGUUUAUUUGGAUCAUGUCCAAGUUGGGCCUGGCGACCAACCUGAAGCGCUUCCCUGACAAUGAAAUCCGCAAGGGUCGUCUUGCAAUGCAGCUGGCAGACGCGUAUGAUGAAUCAUCCAAGCUCAAGUUUGCUACGCGCCCGCAGGAUCUGCCGGUGAUUACCUGGGACGACUUUGUGGAGCAGGCCAAGACGCGCCCGCUGAUUGUUGUGCAUGGCUACAUUCACGACAUGUCCAACUUUAUGGAUGAGCAUCCUGGUGGCCGAGAGUUUAUUGCGCAGCGCAUUGGCAAGGAUGCCUCGGUGGCGUUCUCGGGUGGCGUGUACGAGCACUCGAACGCUGCGCACAACCUCCUCUCAAUGAUGCGCGUGGGUGUGCUUUCGGGCGGCUACGAGCUCGCAGCGCGUGAUACCGCCGCGUCCACGGCUGUGAAGCCGCCGCAUACCUCCAUGUUGAAAUACCGCAUGGACUCUGCUACAUCUGCGUCUGAGACGGAUGAGCCGACAACGCCGACGGGUGUGUCGUUCCCCACUGAGCUGUCUACCGAGCCUUCGAUGCGUGUGCGUACAGAUGCAGCUACGUACGUGGCCCCGGGUGAGGCAUACACGAUUGUGCAGAAUGCCCGUCUGGGUGAAAAUGUCCGUGUAAAGGGCACCUCAUGGGGUAAGCUUUUGUAG